AUGGAGACUCUCGACUUCGCGGUCAUUGGAGCCGGUUGGUACGGUCUGGCUGCGGCCAAGACUCACCAUCAGCUUCACCCGCAAAACACGCUGGCCGUCUUUGACCAGUCUUUGACUGUCGGCGGCGUGUGGGCUGAGCACCGUCUCUACCCGGGUCUGAAGAGCAACAACAUGCUCGGAACCUAUGAGUACCCCGACUUCCCCAUGGACCCGGAGACCUUCGGCGUUCUUCCGGGGCAGCACAUCCCCGGAAAGGUCCUGCAUGAUUACCUCACCAAGUACGCGCAGAACUUCGGCAUAUUUGAUAAGAUCCGGUUCCAGCACAAGAUCCUUUCAGCUGAGCACCAGGAUACCGGCGGCUGGGUCUUGACAAUCCUGAAUGGGGAGGAGGGCAAGGAGUUCCAGGUCUUCGCAAAGAAACUCGUCGUCGCCACUGGCUUGACCUCACAAGCCUUUCUGCCCGACUUCGAGGGUCAAGAAACCUUUGGCGUACCAAUCUUCCACGGCAAAGACUUCCUCCAGCAUGCGGAUACUCUCAAGACAUCCAAGCGCGUCACAGUCUUUGGCGGUACCAAGUCAGCCUGGGAUGCCGUUUACGCAUACGCUAGCAAGGACAUCGCCGUAAAUUGGGUGAUCAGAGAAUCUGGACACGGCCCCGUAUGGAUGGCGCCGCCCUAUGUGACCCCUCUUAAGAAGUGGCUUGAGAAGCUUGUCCACACCCGCGCGUUGACCUGGUUCAGCCCCUGCGCCUGGGGUGAGGCUGACGGCUAUGACAAGACGCGAUACUUCUAUCAUAGCACUGCCAUUGGCCGAGGUAUCGUCAACAACUUCUGGAACGUCCUCGGCAACGACGUGAUCACCCUUAACAAAUACGACUCUCACCCAGAGUUGAAGAAGCUGAAACCCUGGUGUGAAGCCAAGCACGUCGCUUCAAGUCUGUCAAUUCUCAACUAUGAGACUGACUUCUUCGAUCUCAUCCGCGAUGGCAAGGUCCAGAUUCAUAUUGCCGACAUCAUCAAGCUGUCUCCGAGAGGCGUUCAUCUGUCUAAUGGUUUGGAGCUGGAGUCGGACGCACUCUGCUGCGCGACCGGCUGGAAGCAGUUCCAGCCCAUCAAGUUCCUCCCAGCGGGCAUUGAGAAGGACCUCGGAAUCCCGCACGCCCCUACUCCCGACAGCUUCCCAUCAGCUGAGAUGCUACAAAAGGUCGACAAGGAGAUUUUCAGCACAUGGCCCGCUCUUCAGGACCAGCCGACCGGAAACAAGAAACUGAAGCCGCUGGUCGAAAAUGGAGGCGUGUCAACCAAGGAGGCGGUCAACCCCUUCACGCGACUGACGCCAUACGCUCUCUACCGCUUCGUGGCACCUCCUUCGAAGAAGUUUCUCCAGCAUCGCGACAUCGCAUUUGCCGGUGUCCUGAUGCACAUCACUGCCGCCAUCAUCGCCAACACGCAAGCGCUCUGGAUCGAUGCCUUCUUCCACGACAAGCUCCCUGUCGUGCGCGAGGCCAUCUCCGACCCUAAGGCAAUGGAGAAGCUGCAGUAUGAGACUGCGCUACACAACCGCUUCUGCAAGUGGAGGUAUCCCGCCGGCCACGGCGACACGUUCCCAGACUUCGUCUUCGAUGCGAUACCUUAUGUCGACAGACUCGUUACGGACUUGGAGCUGAAUAAGUACAGAAAGAACGGCAUGAUAGCCGAAGCUUCAGAACCAUAUGGCCCGGAGGACUAUAAGACUCUGGCUGCGGAGUGGGCGGAGAAGUCAGCUGCUUAA